AAUGGCAAUUAAAUUUCAACAUGAUUUUGGAGUGGGCGUUCAAAUCAUAGCAGGCUUCCAGGAGGAGAUGGCCUCACUACCACUACCACUGCCACCCUGGGAGUGGCCCACCCUCAGGAUCCUCAUCACCCAUCAGAGAAACCUGUCAUUCACUGCCAUAAAUGUGGGGAGCCGUGCAAGGGUGAAGUGCUCCGGGUCCAGACCAAGCAUUUCCACAUCAAAUGUUUCACCUGCAAAGUGUGUGGCUGCGACCUGGCACAAGGGGGCUUCUUCAUAAAGAACGGAGAGUAUCUCUGCACCCUGGACUACCAGCGGAUGUACGGGACACGCUGCCAUGGCUGUGGGGAGUUUGUGGAAGGCGAGGUGGUGACUGCUCUGGGCCAGACCUACCAUCCCAACUGCUUUGCUUGUACUAUCUGCAAACGCCCGUUUCCACCCGGAGACCGAGUCACGUUCAAUGGAAGAGACUGCCUUUGUCAGCUCUGUGCACAGCCAAUGUCAUCCAGUCCUAAAGAAGCCACCUGCUCCAGCAACUGUGCUGGCUGCGGAAGAGAUAUCAAGAAUGGGCAGGCGCUGCUGGCUUUGGAUAAGCAGUGGCACUUGGGGUGCUUCAAAUGCAAGUCCUGCGGGAAGGUCCUCACCGGGGAGUACAUCAGCAAGGAUGGUGCCCCAUACUGUGAAAAGGACUACCAGGGACUCUUUGGGGUGAAAUGUGAAGCGUGCCACCAGUUUAUCACAGGGAAAGUCCUGGAGGCAGGUGACAAACAUUACCACCCUAGCUGUGCACGAUGCAGCAGAUGCAACCAGAUGUUCACAGAAGGAGAGGAAAUGUAUCUUCAAGGUUCCACCGUUUGGCAUCCCGACUGUAAGCAAUCCACUAAAGCAGAGGACAAGCUACGGCCACCAAACAUUCAUCAUUCUUCAUCCGAUUUCUUUUAUCCCAAAAGUCUGAUUCGACGCACAGGACGGUCUCUGUCUCUGCAGCCUACCAGGACUUCCUCAGAAAGUAUUUACUCUAGACCAGGCUCCAGUAUCCCUGGCUCACCAGGUCAUACUAUCUAUGCAAAAGUAGACAAUGAAAUCCUGGAUUACAAGGAUUUAGCAGCCAUUCCCAAGGUCAAGGCAAUUUAUGAUAUUGAACGUCCAGAUCUUAUUACAUAUGAGCCUUUCUACACUUCGGGCUAUGAUGACAAACAGGAGAGACAGAGCCUUGGAGAGUCUCCGAGGACUUUGUCUCCUACUCCAUCAGCAGAAGGCUACCAGGACGUUCGGGAUCGGAUGAUCCACCGGUCCACAAGCCAGGGCUCCAUCAACUCCCCUGUGUACAGCCGCCACAGUUACACUCCGACCACAUCACGCUCUCCCCAGCAUUUCCACAGACCUGGCAAUGAGCCGUCCAGCGGCCGGAACUCCCCUCUCCCUUACCGGCCAGACAGCCGCCCUCUAACUCCAACUUACGCUCAGGCCCCUAAACAUUUCCAUGUUCCAGAUCAAGGGAUCAACAUUUACCGAAAACCACCCAUCUACAAACAGCAUGAUGCAGCUGCCUUGGCAGCCCAGAACAAGUCUUCAGAAGAUAUCAUCAAGUUUUCCAAGUUCCCAGCAGCCCAGGCUCCAGACCCCAGCGAGAUACCAAAGAUUGAGAUGGACCACUGGCCUGGUCCCCCCUCACUUGCCGCCGUAGGAACUGACAUGAGACGCAGAUCUAGUGGCAGAGAGGAAGACGAUGAGGAACUUCUGAGACGCCGGCAGCUUCAAGAAGAGCAACUAAUGAAGCUUAACUCAGGCCUGGGGCAGUUGAUACUGAAAGAAGAGAUGGAGAAGGAGAGCCGGGAGAGGUCAUCUCUGUCAGCCGGUCGCUAUGAUUCUCCCAUCAACUCAGCUUCACAUAUCCCAUCAUCUAAAACCUCAUCUCUCCCUGGCUAUGGAAAAAAUGGGCUUCACCGGCCUGUUUCUACCGACUUUGCUCAGUAUAACAGCUAUGGGGAUGUCAGCGGGGGAAUACGAGACUACCAGACCCUCCCAGAUGGCCACAUGCCAGCUAUGAGAAUGGACCGAGGAGUGUCUAUGCCCAACAUGUUGGAACCAAAGAUUUUUCCAUAUGAAAUGCUGAUGGUGACCAACAGAGGGCGCAACAAAAUCCUAAGAGACGUGGACAGAACCAGGCUGGAGCGCCACUUAGCCCCGGAAGUGUUUUGGGAAAUCUUUGGAAUGUCCAUACAGGAGUUUGACAAAUUACCUCUUUGGAGACGCAACGACAUGAAGAAAAAAGCUAAACUCUUCUAAGUCCUGCUCAGAAAUGGCAAUUAGAAAAAGGACUGACCAUGGAGGUGACCCAUAGGAUGUUCCUUAAAGGCCCAAACUGGAUUGGAGAGUUUGCAAACUACCGUCCCUCAGCAACACCAAAAAGGGAAAAUCUGGUUAAAACACCCCUGAGUCAGAUAUUGGGCCAACCAACAGUAACACUUGCCAAGAGGCCUGGGAUAGAAAUGUCUAUGCUCCCAAACUCAGCAGUAGUGCCCACACGUGCCCUUUUUACUUGCCGUAUGCACACAACAGGAGCUGCUUUUAUUUCUUCUUUUGUUUUCCUUUAACUGUUGUCCAACCGUAGUGCUGACUGUAUGGAUAAGAGCCAGCGAGUGUCCUUGGGAUGCCAUGAGGGGAGAAUCAGCUGUAAUAAUUUCCAAGCAUGAAUCUAUUUAUGACGUAGCACUGUGGCUAAGGAGGGAGUCUGAGGAACGUAUCCGUGUGGUGGCAGCAGGGCUGCACUCACCUCUCCCUGUGGCCUCAUGUGCCUCUGCCUGGAGUCUGGCAGGAACAGAAGGCCAUCAAGGAGCCAGCGGCUAAGUUAAAUGGUGGUAAAGAUAAUGUUUAGCAAGCUCCCUGUUCUCUACUGCUCAGUUGGGACCUAGUUGGCAAAUCACUUAGCUGUUAUUAAAAAAAGGAAAAAAAAAUUAAGGAGAAAGAGAUGGAAAAGAAAGGAAAGGGAACGCUCCCUGAACUCUUUCUACUUUAGGUAAUGUGCAUGGUUUUGGCUCCUCUCCUAGGGCAGGAGCUGCCUUGGGUUCUACCUUUGCAAAGAAAGGAAUGAUAAAAAUUGUCCCAGAUAGGCCCAUUUGCAUGUUGUUGGGUGCUUUUGUCUGGAGGCCAAAUCACUCUUGGCAAAAGAAAAAAGUUAUGUGUCCUACCAGUGCAAUGCCUUCCACUCAUGUCCUCUGCUCUCUAUGUGGCCUCCUAGGAAUCAGGUCCUGCCCACGCUGACUUCGUUUUUUAAGAAUUUUUCAAGAAUAGACUGAGGAAAGACAUGCUUCUGUCUUUUAAGUCACUGCAACUCCAAAGUAGAUUCCCUCAAGCUGGUUUAAUUUGGCCUUUUCAGCCAUUCUUGCCUAACUCUGUGGCUUCAUGGUGUGUGAGAGUGAGUGUGAGAGUGAGUGUGAGAGUGUGUGUGUGUGUGUGUGUGUGUGUGUGUGUGUGUGUGUGUGUGUAUGUAUAACUCACCCAAGGUAGCUCUGUGAGUCUGCAUGUGCUUUUUAAUUUCUGCUUGAACAUUUGUCCCACUGUCCUGCAGUUUCUGAGGGACACUUACACAGUGUACAUGACUCAAACAUCAAGAGUGAGGCUAACCUGCACCCCCAGUGUUGCCACCUUGGUGAAAGGGCGUUGACACUGAUAUAGCUCAUGGUGGGAGCAAACUGCAGACCACAUAAGUAGUAUCGGGCUGGGUGUGGAGGUGGCAUCUUCAAACUGCAACACUGGAUUCACAUUUGAGCCUAGGGUUUCACCAACAUGUGUAUGUGAGACCCAUCGUGAAUCCUAAUGUGAGUCGGGUAAGGCAGUCUCUUCAGCUCCAUACACAGACAGUCAAAUCACAUUUAUUCUCAUGCUUUGAGACUCUGGUUAAGAAUUUAAGCUCUAUUUUAAAGCCAAAGAAGAGAGUAUUUGAAUUCAUCUUCAUAAGCCACUAAGAACAAAAGCUCAGAAAUUCUUCCUGCGUACCAAGUAUUAGGAUUACCAGCUGUCUCUCCGUCACAGGGCAAAAGCAAGUAUAAUAGUUUCUGAAUCCGUGUUGCAACCUCUGCCCUGUGACACAUGUCUGUCCAUUGGGUGCUGGAGUAAACAUGGUAGUUGGUGUAUAUUAUCCUCCUGUGCUCUUAUCAAAGGAUUCUAAAUUUUCUUGCCCUUUCAGUGCUGUGAAGGAAUGUUUGAGGACUAGUCUCACAAAUACGUGCGUGUGUGUGUGUGUGUGUGUGUGUGUGUGUGUGUGUGUGUGUGUGUGUGUUGGGCUUACUAACACAACUAGCAAAGGGCCUUGACAGGGUGGGCUUGAGCAGAUGAGUCUAGCUUAUGCUUGGUCAGAAGCCAGACCACAGCCUACAGAUUUACCCCUUCAUGUUGCCUCUUACUUCAUUCCAUAUCUUCACUGUCCCGACCUCUUCCUGCCCCCUCUUGCACUGGCAGCUCUGGCUCAACACCUAGGUGUAAUGGUCUUUGCCUUGCACUGUGGAGUGUGGGGUGGGGACAGUGGUGCAUUCUCAGCGUUUCCUACCCACAUCAGUAACAAGGGUGGCCAAAUGGCUCCCAGCACUUGGCUGGUGGAGAGAUUUUUUCCAUGAUGAACAUAAUAAGGGACCUCCAUGUUGUACACGGAGGAGUAAGUUAUCACCCAGGCACAAGCAGAUCAAAUGCUGUAGUUAGGAAAAUCAAAGUAUUUUGCAACGUGGGCACAAUCAAGUGGUUUUGCUAAAAUUUCUAUUUUUUGGUCUACAUCAAGAGGACAUAGCCUUGUCAUACAAUGGGGACAUUAGACUGAAACAAGGGACAGCUACCCUCCUUAUUUUACAGAGACCAGGAGUUAAGAGGUCUGAGAUUGCCAUGACAGUUAAAGAACUGAACCCCAAAUCUAUUCCCACUAAUGAAACUCUGCUUUUCUUUUAUCUUUUGAAUUCAGUUCUGCAUCCAGUUUGAGGGGGAAAGGGUUUUUUUUUCCAUAAUACGUGCUAUAUUAGUUGAUUUCAAUGCACCAUGUAGAAAUACAUUGCCAGAAAACACCAGUAGCCUCCUGUCUACAAGCAGAAUAGUGCUCUGCUCUGGGAAGGGUCUUUGGGAACCAUAAUACAGAAGAGGCUCACCUGCUCCGUUUUGCAGCAGAAGGCUUCAGCUGGGAGGAUGGUUCAGGGGGCAACCUGGUUCUCCUAACUGCCAAAUUUAAGGUAUGGGCUACAGUGCCCUAUCCGGUUUAUUAAACGGGACUCAGCAUGCUUGUCCUCAAAAUGUCCAGGCCACAGGCAGGAGAUGGGUGCUCUCUGCUUUAACCCCACCCUGUCUAUACAUGAAGAUCCAGCUAUUAACAUACUCAAGUGAAUGGAGCUGUUCACCCUGGAAAGGGAAUUAUAUACACGGCGGACUUCUCUGAGGCAUGUAUAAAGGGCUACAUUUUCAAGCAUUUGACUUACUUGUGACUCUAAAUGCAUACUGACUGCAUGAAGUCAAAGAGGCCUCUUUGACAGUAUGAAAGUCAGUGCUUCCUUGACAGUUUCUUCAAGUAACUCCAGGCUAUCAUGUAGUCUUCCUGUGUGAUUUCUUAGGAGACCUGAAGAGCGUUUGGAAACUUGUACCGCUAGCUAUGCAUCUACAUUUUGGUUUGGGAUUAGUUAUGAAAUGUUCUUAAUAUGACUUCAAUAACUUAACAUAAACUGCCUGUUCUCUGAUACCUCAAAGAGAAAAACUAGAGUUAAUGGGUUUAAAAAGUGGGAGUGGUUUUCUAUCUGUCACAUCCCCUAAUCUCCACCAUCCCUCCAAUUCUGUCUUCUCCAAGCUGAGUUUUUCUUUCUAAGGUGGAGGUGGGAGUCGUUCUUGUUCACUCCAUCUCAGUCUGGUGUGUUAGUCAACUCCAACUUGGAGAAGUCUAGCUGGUAACAUUUCUAAAACUUUCACUGAAUUUCUUUGCGCCUAGAAGCAAGCAUCUUUUCCUAAGAGUUACUUCUUAGACGAUUAUUAAAAAAUCAUAUAUAUGCUUUUGCAAGUUUGAAAAUUCAAAUUAACCACUUUUGACUAGAUACAUCUUUCUAAAAACUGUAAGGCAAACUUGUUAGCAUUCUCUGGUGUGUUGAAGGGACAGGUGACUGCCCCAGGUUGUGUGCUCAGAGCCCUUUUUUUUCUGACAGGGAAGACAAUGGAAAGAAAAUGAACUGUCUCAUCAACCCUUCUGUGUCCUCUGAAGCAAACUCAGUUUUUUUUUAUAAAUCAUCUCUUUGCAUUUCUGUACUUCCUAUGCCAACCUUGAGUUUAUUUGAUUUGUAAAAUUAUUAUGCCCUAAAACUUGUUCUUCCAUGCUCUCUUUUAAAGAACUUUCUAUCCAGAAAAAGUAGAUUAUUUGGAGCUUGAGAUUUACAGUGAUACCAGCUUAUAGUGAUGAUGUACAUUAAGGGAACGACCCAAUUACAUUGUGAUAGAAAGAGAAACCUUCACUUUGGCAUUUUUUAAAUCACUUUUUUAUUUUUCCAAUUGCUGCCCAAAGAGCAGUGGGAGAUGGUGACACAUACGCUUUGUUAUGGAUAGUUAUGUUUUUCUUUGGACAAGUUUAAUUUAUGACAAGCUUUUAAAAGGAGGGAGGUGGUCAGUUUGAGCUGAAGGAUACUUUCUAAACAAUGUAUGCGUGCACAGCAAAACUAAACAAUUCCAACAUUUUCUGAAGCCUAGUAUAAUUGAGUGGCGGUGAUGAUCAUUCAAAAAAAUUCUUCCCCAAAGUGUGUCUCCCAAGAGUGGAGUUCUCAUGAGUCACUUCCUGAGUCCGUUGGCCAAAGGUGGAAGGAGACAGGCCUGUAGACGUGGACAUUCAGAAAGAUGUGAGCUGCCUACUGACUAUUUAUGCCUAUGUGUCUUUAGCUCAUGGAAGUGCAAACCAUUGUCCACAAAUCAAUGGUCUUUUGGGGGUUUCUGUACAGACUUGUCCAGUAAUGCACGUGGUUUCCAUAAGUGACUGAUGUUCUUUAUUGAAGCUCUUGCAGUUCUUUUUCGAGUUGGGCGUAUGGAUGUUCUUUCAAAUGUUGGAGAAAGGUGAACAGUUCUUCCUGCCCUCCCUCCCCUUUCAGAGAGGUGAAUGCCAACAUUUAGAAGACCUCCUUCUGAAAUGCUGUGUCGUUGUGUUCCCUGUGAGAGUGAACGGGUGUGCAUCCAUGCCCUGAGUGCCACCUGCUUGUAUGCAGAGAAGAUGUGACCCGACGGCUCCACGCUGACCUGUCCACACUCCUGUCACAUGCAGCCCUGACCGUGCUCCUUUGCCACUGUCCUCUGCAUCACUGUCAUACCCAUAACUCCAUGAAUAAAGUUGUGUGCUUUAUUCGUAAA